AUGAGGCUCAAUAGUCACAUCAGGUCAGUCAAAUACUCCGUCAGCCACAUCAGUCAAAUACCGCGUGAACCACAUCAGCCAAAUACCCCGUCAACCACAUCAGUCAAAUACCCCGUCAACCACAUCAGUCAAAAACCCCGUCAACCACAUCAGUCAAAUACCCCGUCAACCACAUCAGUCAAAUACCCCGUCAACCACACCAGUCAAAUACCACGUCAACCACAUCAGUCAAAUACCCCGUCAACCACACCAGUCAAAAACCCCGCCAACCACAUCAGUCAAAUACCCCGUCAACCACAUCAGUCAAAUACCACGUCAACCACAUCAGUCAAAUAUCCCGUCAACCACAUCAGUCAAAUAUCCCGUCAACCACAUCAGUCAAAUACCCCGUCAACGACAUCACACCAGUCAACCACAUCAGUCAAAAACCCCGUCAACCACAUCAGCCAAAUACCCCGUCAAAUACCCCGUCAAAUACCCCGUCAAAUACCCCGUCAAAUACCCCGUCAAAUACCCCGUCAACGACAUCACACCAGUCAACCACGUCAGUCAAAUACCCCGUCAAAUACCCCGUCAACCACGUCAGUCAAAUACCCCGUCAAAUACCCCGUCAAAUACCCCGUCAAAUACCCCGUCAAAUACCCCGUCAAAUACCCCGUCAAAUACCCCGUCAAAUACCCCGUCAAAUACCCCGUCAAAUACCCCGUCAAAUACCCCGUCAAAUACCCCGUCAAAUACCCCGUCAAAUACCCCGUCAAAUACCCCGUCAAAUACCCCGUCAAAUACCCCGUCAAAUACCCCGUCAAAUACCCCGUCAAAUACCCCGUCAAAUACCCCGUCAAAUACCCCGUCAAAUACCCCGUCAAAUACCCCGUCAAAUACCCCGUCAAAUACCCCGUCAAAUACCCCGUCAAAUACCCCGUCAAAUACCCCGUCAAAUACCCCGUCAAAUACCCCGUCAAAUACCCCGUCAAAUACCCCGUCAAAUACCCCGUCAAAUACCCCGUCAAAUACCCCGUCAAAUACCCCGUCAAAUACCCCGUCAAAUACCCCGUCAAAUACCCCGUCAAAUACCCCGUCAAAUACCCCGUCAAAUACCCCGUCAACGACAUCACACCAGUCAACCACGUCAUCAAAUACCCCGUCAAAUACCCCGUCAAAUACCCCGUCAAAUACCCCGUCAAAUACCCCGUCAAAUACCCCGUCAAAUACCCCGUCAAAUACCCCGUCAAAUACCCCGUCAAAUACCCCGUCAAAUACCCCGUCAAAUACCCCGUCAAAUACCCCAUCAAAUACCCCGUCAAAUACCCCGUCAAAUACCCCGUCAAAUACCCCGUCAAAUACCCCGUCAAAUACCCCGUCAAAUACCCCGUCAAAUACCCCGUCAAAUACCCCGUCAAAUACCCCGUCAAAUACCCCGUCAAAUACCCCGUCAAAUACCCCGUCAAAUACCCCGUCAAAUACCCCGUCAAAUACCCCGUCAAAUACCCCGUCAAAUACCCCGUCAAAUACCCCGUCAAAUACCCCGUCAAAUACCUCGUCAAAUACCCCGUCAACCAUUGUUUUUUGACUGGUGUGAAGAGUCCCCCCGAUUCAAUUAGCCAUGUCUCACAGGCAAUAACACCUUGUUUAUUAUAUGCUUGCCAGACAAAUCAAUACAAUCCGAUCGAUCGGGAAAAUAAAUGA